AUGACAACCGCAAAGCCAGUGGAUACAGUGGCCUCUUCAGAAACGGCAAAAGAAAUUCAAUUGAAGAAGUUACCAACUUUAGAGGAAGUACCCGCGAAUGAAUUGGAGGAUCCUCUUCAAAAUAUGCUGGGGAGGGCCAUAGCUAUCCAACUAAAAGCAAUGAGAAAAGACAGUUGCAUAUCAGAAUUUGGUCUGGAAAAUCUUAUACUACUUGUUGAAGAGUAUCUAUCGGAUAUGCUCAAAGCACUGAAGAAAAUGGCGAACGUACAAAGGCGGCAUUGCAUUUGUAAAAAAGACUUACUAUUAAUACUGAAGGGAUACGAUCUCGAAUAUGCCGAUUUAGUUGCAGAGUUUGAACGAUCUCAGUUCGUGAAGUCUCAGUAUCCUGAAGAAGUUCAACAUGUCAACAAUAAUAGUAGGCAGAUAAGCGAAAAAAAGCAUACACAAAUGUCAGAAAAGGAACUCCUGGAGGGUGCACAUUCAGAAUUUUUCGUUAAGGACGUGGAAAUUUUGGACCUUGUACCGCCUUCUAAUAAGAACAAUAAAUAUGUUCCCAAAUGGCUGCCGGAUUUCCCUCCAGAUCACACCUACAGGUUUACCUCACAGUACAACAAACCGAUCACAGAUGAAAGGCAGAUGAAGCGCAAACUGGUCGAGGAGGCAAAUCACUCAGAACAAGCUCUUAUCAAAUUCAUGAAGGAAGGAUUUGAAGAAGAAAAACUCAAAAUCACUAACGAAAAAAGCAUUUUCGAAGAAAGUCAGCAAGAAACGUUGCUAAUUUACGGUCCUCCUAAAAAGAAAAAAUCUAAAACGGUCAACAGUGUCAAUGAGUUGCUGCGAACUCUUCCUUUAAACAAUUACAAUGUAGAAGAAUAUGCCAGAAAUCGCGUAGAAAUAGCUAGGAGAAAGGUUCUACAAUAUGAAAGACACCAGCUGCAGCUUCAGAAAAACCCGUUUAUCAAGGCAGCACAUUUAGCAUCGCCAUUUGGCAAAAAUCCCAUUAAUACAAAGCAUAGCGAGAAGGAAUUGACAUCCAUGCUCCAACGAAGCUACGUAGGCUUGAUGAAGUCCAUUCCAUUGUUAAAAGAAAAACGGAAACGUGAGGAGCAAUUGGCAAGAGAAAGGAGACGCUUAAGAGAAGAGCAGAUUCGACAGGAAAAGCAAAACCAAAGAGGUUCAGAAUACGAGGUACUCGACUUGAGCAACCUAAAUGAGGAUCCUUUCUUCGGGGACUUGGGCAGUAGUGAUAGUGAUGAAGAGCAUGCAGGAAAUAAUGAUGCUGAGGCAACUGAGCUCCAUGCAAACAUAACGACUAAUCUCAUAAAUGGCAUGGGCUCUCCACAUUCGCCCAUGUCUUCGGUUGAUCCUUCGCAACCGCUACGAUCCUCCAGCACCCAGGCUGACGCAGAGACGACAUUAGAUCCUUCAUUAGAUGCAUCGGUAGAUCUAUCCGCGCACCCUUCAGCUGAGCAAUCACAGGAGCCCUAUUUAGAGCAAUCAGUAGAUCCAUUAGCUGAGCAGGUGCUGGAGGCAUCAGAAGAGCCACUUGCCGAUUCCCAGAAACUACAACGUCCUCCGAUUGGAAAUUCUUCGGCACAGCCGCAAAUCAAUCCAUCAUCUACAAAGGAUAGUAUUGGGCCGACGCAGUGA